GUUCGUUCAAAGAUACACAAAACUGUAUAUAACCAAUAUGUCAGCCCCCAUGAACAUGUGAUUUAGAAACUAUAACCAAACUAAAAUACCUUAUAUUGACAGACCAUGGCAAAGACAACAUCUGUAUCGAAGCACGAGAUGUUUAUAACAGACCUAGAUUUCUGUCCGAGAUGUGGAACAGUCCUGCCACUACCUGGUACUGCGGAUGUUGUCACGUGUAGACAGUGCAACUUUAAGAUUGAUGUUAGAGACUUUGAUGGUAUAGAGAUACACACGAAGGCAGAGUUCAACAAUCCAGACACAUUCCUAAAGAAAACAGAAGAUGCAGAAUCAGAACUAAAGGGACCGACGGUUGACAGAAAAUGUGCCAAGUGUGGUAAUGAGGAAAUGAUUUAUACAACGAGACAGACUCGGUCAGCUGAUGAAGGGCAGACGGUGUUCUUUACUUGUCCUCAAUGCAGAUUUCAAGAGAUUGAGUAUUCUUGAUACACAGAAUUUUGUUACAGAGCUUUUGCUGUUGUUCUGACUGGAAAUAAUAGUGUGUAAUCAUGUACAACAUGGACUAUUUACCCUGCAGAUGGUUAGCUGAAAAUGAACAUUCAUUAUAAUUAUUACAUUGACGAUGUACAUAUAGAUUUUGAGUUUGUGCCUGCUUUAAUAUUAAUUUUAUACAAAACAAUGAGAAAAAAGGCAGUUGAAAUGAUUUUCCUUUCUGUUUCUGUUAAUCCAGCUCAAAACACGUUCAUAUGCUUACUGUUCCUUUUUGUAGGGAUUUGGUAUAUUUUAUAUGAAAAAGCAAAUUUUUGUUUAGAAUGACUGACUGAAUAACAAUGAAAACAGUUCAGAUUCUCAUUAUAACCACUGAACUGAGUCUGUCUAUUGUUACCAUUAAAGAAGAGUAUGUCCAUUGUUGCCACUAAACUGUGUUCAUUAUAACAACUUAACUUUAAGGACUCUUAGACAAAAAUAGCAUUGAAGAAUUGUUCUUUGUUAUAUGAAAAUGUAUACAAUGUUAUGUUGUUGUUACACAUCUGUAAUAAAUUGAAAACUACUCUU